UCUCUCUCUCUCUCACACUUAACCGGAUAGAAACUACUUAACCGGAAAAAUGGCUGGAGGCCUCGGAAAAUGCAGUAAGAUUCGUCACAUUGUGAGGCUGAGACAGUUGCUUCGACGGUGGCGCGACCAAGCACGGAUGUCUUCUUUCAGCCGAAGUGUCCCGUCUGAUGUACCGUCAGGACACGUUGCUGUCUACGUGGGGACCAGUCGCAGAAGAUUUGUCGUGCGUGCAACGUAUCUGAACCAUCCUGUCCUAAGGAAUCUUCUGGUUCAAGCGGAGAAAGAGUUCGGUUUUGUGAACCAAGGUCCGUUGGUUUUCCCCUGUGAAGAAUCGGUUUUCGAGGAGUCGGUUCGGUUUAUAUCCCUCUCUGGUUCAACCCGGUCAAGAGGGUUUACUUCUCCCGACGUUUUCAAGAAGAACUGUCACGUGGAGAUCAGAAGCAAGCGUGAUCUAUGGAUUGAAUCUCGGCCGUUGCUUCACGGCGUCUCCGAGAAAGCAAUAUGGUGAUCAUCACUUGUCGGUGACGUACAA